AUGGACCCGCCCACCGAGUACGCCUCGGCCCAGGGCGUCUUCCUCCCCGCCUCGCUCAGCCCCGUCGCCUUGUACCAGUACCACGCACUCGGCAAGCAGCCAAAGCACCCUUCGGCACUCCCGACCUUGAUCGCCGUCGUCGCAGAGAGUAUCGCAGAAGUCGCCAUCCUCUGCGCCGUCGGCUGGUUCCUCGCCCACAAGGGCAUCGUCGAUGGUAAGGCCAAAAAGAUUCUCAACAAGAUCAACACGUCCAUCUUUACGCCGUGCCUCCUGUUCAACAAGGUCGCCUUCUCGCUCACGCCCGACAAGCUCGCCGACCUCUACAUAAUCCCGAUCGGCUUCUGCAUCGUGUCGGCCUUCUCGGCCGGCGUCGCCUACCUCUUUGCCCGCCUCGUCCGCCUCAACCGAGGGCAGCGCAACUUUGCCAUCGCCUGCGCCACGUUCCAGAACUCGAACUCGCUCCCGAUCGCGCUCCUCCAGUCGCUCAUUGGCGAAAAGUUGCCGCUCCGGUGGGACCACGACGACACGCGCGACGCCAUGCUCGGUCGCGGCCUGUCGUACCUCGUCCUGUUCUCGUCCCUCGGCAUCAUCGUCCGGUGGAGCAUCGGCGUCAAGCUCCUCACGUCGGCGGAGUCGCAGACCGAGACGGGCGAGGUCCCGCCCGAGGACGACGUCGAGCAGCAGCAGACGGCCGACGGGCAGGCGCCGUACGCGGUGCGCGAGGACGAGGCCGACGGCGCGCGCGAGGACGACGCGCUCCUCGUCAACGGCGGCGCCGCCAAGGGCGACAAGCGCCGCUCGAUCCUCAAGAACGGCUCGGCCGGCGCCCGCACGCGCGAGUCGACCGCGGCGUCGUCGAGCGCCGAGACGGCCGUCCACAACGGGCACGGCACGUCGCUCGACCCGACUGCGCCGUCUUUCGAGCCGCACCACCAGGACCAGGGCCAGCUGCAGCCACCGACGCCGACCAAGAAGAAGCAGGCGCGCAUCGUGCACUCGUUCCCGAACACGCCCAUCCCGAGCGUGUCGUCGCGCAGCGAGCUCAACAGCACCUCGUCCGAGUACGACGACGGCGACGAUGACGACGAUGACGACGACGACGAGACGAGCGCCGAGUGGACGUCCGAGGACGGGCACGCCGACGCCGAGUGGGGCGCCCAGCGCGGCUUUGGGCGCCGCUUCCUCGACAGCGGCCGGUUCGCGCGCGUCCGCCGCUUCGGUCGCACGGCGCAGAAGAAGCUGCAGCGGUUCUGGGUCAAGUUCAGCGACUUUAUGACGGUCCCGCUGUGGGCCGCCGUCCUGAGCCUCGUUGUCGCCUGCAUCCCGCCGCUGCAGCACACGCUCAACAAGGUCGAGCCCCUCAAGGCCGCCAUCCGCUCGGCCGGCUCGUGCUCGGUCCCGAUCACGCUCGUCACCCUCGGCGCCUACUUCUACCGCCCCUCGCCCGCCGCCGCCGCCGACUCGUCGCCUCUGCGCCCCGAGGGCCGCGAGCUGCCGCCCUCGGCCCGCGGCAGGUCGCACUCGCGCUCGCCGGCGCGCCGCCCGCCGCCGCGCACCUUUUCGCGCGCCAUGCUCGCGCGCCUCCGCAACCCGUUCGCGCCGAUCCAGCACACGCCCGAGCUCGUGCCGACGGGCUCGGGGCGCGGCGAGACGCGCACCGUCGUCGUGAGCGUCGUGACGCGCAUGGUGAUCGUGCCCCUGUGCCUCAUCCCGCUCUUUGCGUGGUACGCCAAGGCGACGAUCAACGUUGCCGACGACCCGGUCUUUGUCGUCGUCGCGUGCCUCCUCAUCGGCGCGCCAAGUGCCAUAACGCUGGCCCAGCUAACGUCAUCUGCAGGCGCACUCGUCUUCGAGCGCCUUAUUGCGAGGACGCUCCUCGUCUCGUACGGCCUCCUCACAGCCCCGUCGACCGUCCUCCUCGUCCUCGCCGCGAUCUGGAUCAACGGCCUGCAGCAUCCCGAGGGUCCAGCAUGA